UGUGUGGUGUGUGUGUGUAGUUUAGCAGUCAUAAUGUCGUCUGUUUGAUCUCUCUAGUCUAGUACUACAGUGUCCGUUCUGCUGAGGCAUGUCUAACGUCUGUGUGUCUGGUGUGUGUGUGUGUAGCCACGUCUCCGGUUCCAGGCUCAGAGUUGGAACAGGCCCGCCCCCAGACCAGCGGAGAGGAGGAGCUACAGCUGCAGCUAGCCCUGGCCAUGAGCAGAGAGGCUGCUGAACAGGAGGACAGGAUGCGUCGGGGAGAUGACCUGAGACUCCAGAUGGCACUCGAGGAGAGUCGUAAAGGAAAAGCCCUCGGUGACACCGGCUCUGGAAAACUAGCCAAGAAGAAGAGAGAGGCCCAGUCCUCUCUGUUGGAUCUGAUGGAUGUUCGAAUCGGACUCGGCCGACCCCUGGGGGCGAGAGGAGGAGGAGGCGCUGCCGCCGCACCAGACCCUGGCAGGCCUACGGUGCAGCCCCAAAGCCAGUGGCUCCAGUAGACCCCUGGGGGCCCCCGUCCUCCUCUGUUUCCCCCAUGAAGAGCAGUGAUCCCUGGGGAACCAACCCUGCUCCCGACCCCUGGAGUUCUGGAGGAACCUCCUACGCAGGUGAUGGUCGGGGUCUCUCCUCCCUGACUAGUGGUACCGGGACCUGUUUGACCCUCUGCCCAACAGGAAGACCCCAGAGUCCUUCCUGGGUCCUAAUGCAGCAUUGGUCAACCUGGACUCACUGGUCACCAAGCCUCCUCAGCCUGCUCCUAUUGUCAACCCCUUCCUC